AAAAAAUAGAAAGACCCCUCUAUAUAUCAAAUUCAAUCCCGUCGUCUUGGCUUCACAUAUGAUCAUUUGCCUUCUUCUGUGUCUUGUUCUUGAAAAAAAAGAGUACUCAAUAAUGGCUCUGUCAAUUAGGAAGCCGUAUGGCUACUCAAAGAUGGAGAAGGAAGACCCAGAGGAGAGAAAGCACAGAAGAGCACAGUUCCUGAUCUACAAGGUGAUGGAGCGAGCUGAUUCUAGACGAAAAGCAUCGUCGUGGUCGUUGAGGAUCAGAAUAUCGAAGCUGAAGGUGAAGAUAGGCAAGAGAUUCAGAAACAAGAUUCUGUCUUCUGUUUCUUCUGCUAAAUCUGGCUUUCAUGAACACUUCAUCGCACACCUGAAGACUUGGAGGACAUUAUUUGCUCCAUCACCAACCCAACAACCUUAUUUGUUCAAAUCAUCCUAGUCAUGAUCUGUUUGGUAUUAUUAUCGAGUCUCAUAUGCGUCUGAUAUAUAUAGCAGAUCUGGUGUCUGUUUUUUCUGUCAUAGAAUCUAUAUAUGUUUCUUAGAUCAGCAACCUAAUACUAGAGGGUUUGUUAUGUACUGCUUAAUUCUAUACAAAUACAAUGAACUGCAUCUGAAUGAAGGAAUGUAAGACUGCAUUAUGAUGAAAGAGAUCGAGUGGAUUUGUGGAAGUUUCUUCAA